GCCGAACGCAACUUGUGUCCACGGAUGUAUUUAUGAACCUGCUCGGGCUGCGUUUCCUUGCCUGGCACCACGGAGACGAGAGUCUUUUUCUCUUCAACAGAAAAGAUCAUGGGGAUGGCUGAGUGAGAACCAAGCACACUCAAGAUGCAGAAGAAGCCAUCUCAUCCCCGAUCAGUAAUAUUUGAUACCUAAAUCCCUUGACUUAUCCUAAGCUGCAGGAAUUUGUAACUUUUUUUGUCUGUAAAUCUUCUUUCUCCGUGCACCUUCCCAAUUUCAUUUCAGCUCUAAGACUUAAUACCACUGCUUAUACUUUCAUCCCUUAAAUACUCAGAGCCUUAAAUUGUCUCUGUUAUACAGGAUAAUCAGUUCUGUAGUGUGUUAAUCCUCAUUAUGUGCCUAUUAAAAUGAGGACUAAAUCAGGCAUUAGGGUGCCUCCUCCCGUUAUGAAAUCUGAAAAACAGAAUUGAGCUGGAGGGGGGGAGAGGAAAACCACCAAACACCUAAAAAUUCUUCCUCGAGCUUCACUCCGAAGCAGUACCAGCAAGCCUGUGCUGAGGUCGGAGGUACUUUUAAUUGGCUGGAAAAUAUUCUUCCUGUGAAGUUGCAGUUUUCUGGGGCUUGAAUGAGUCCAGUCUGCCAUUGGCUCUGCCCAGCGCCUCGCGAUUGGCUCGGCAGCCCGCGGGGGACCGAUAAGGGCGGCUAUAAAAGCUAUAAAAGCCCUCGGCGCUGCUCCUGGUCCCCAGCGAGCAGGAGCCGGAGGGGCCAGGCAGAGCGGGCGGUGGUCCCCAGGCGGGCGUACUCCCUCCUCUCGCUCUCCUUGGCAGCACAUCCAGCUCCACGUCUUUGCUCAAGCCGAAGUGGAAGAGGAGACGCGCACGCACACACACACAUAACAAAAAAAAAAAAAAAAAAAAAAAAAAAAAGCCAAAAAACCACACUUAGCGGAAACUUGUCAGAGAAUGCUCCUAAAGUCUGGCUUGCUGCUGCUGCUGGUGAUCAGUGCGUCCGCAUCCUACGAAGCUGAGCAGAAUGACUCUGUGAGCCCCAGGAAACCCAGGGUUGCAGCCCAGAACUCAGCCGAGGUGGUUCGCUGCCUGAACAGUGCCCUCCAGGUGGGCUGCGGCGCCUUCGCCUGCCUGGAGAACUCCACGUGCGACACGGAUGGCAUGUACGACAUCUGCAAGUCCUUCCUGUACAGUGCUGCUAAAUUCGACACUCAGGGAAAAGCUUUUGUGAAAGAAAGCUUGAAAUGCAUCGCAAACGGGGUCACGUCCAAGGUGUUCCUCGCCAUCCGGAGGUGCUCCACGUUCCAAAGAAUGAUCUCCGAAGUGCAAGAGGAGUGCUACAGCAAACUGGACAUGUGCGGCAUCGCAAAACGAAAUCCUGAAGCAAUCACGGAGGUUGUCCAGCUUCCAAAUCAGUUCUCAAACCGGUAUUACAACAAGCUGGUGAGGAGCUUGCUGGAGUGCGACGAGGAGACCGUCAGCACCAUCAAGGACAGCUUGAUGGAGAAGAUCGGGCCCAACAUGGCAAGCCUCUUCCACCUGCUGCAGACGGACCACUGCGCCCAGGGCCACCCGCGCACGGACUUCGCCCGGAGACGCAUCACCGAGCCGCAGAAGCUAAAACUCUACUUCAGGAACCUCCGAGCCUCUGCGAACAGGACGGCCGGUCCCACAGCAGUAGCUGGGGGCCUCCCCCAAACGCCGCUCUCUGCACAGUAGCCUGGCCGGGCUUCGGCGAGCCAAAAAAAAAAGCCACAUUGUGGCACGAGAUCAACAAGGCCAGUUCCACGCUCCAAAUCUAUCCCGCUAGAGUCCGUCUGCGGAGUGGAUGACUCUUGCUCAACUAGUUAGAGAGCUAAUAAAGGAGGUAUCUAUUUUUCUUUUCAAAAUCUAAAGCAAUAUAACUUUUUUUUUUUUUUUUUUUUUUUUUUUAAACCACAAAGCCUUUAAACAAUAACUUGCUGCUAAUAUAUUGAAACCAGAUGCAGUGGCAGCAUUUCUGAUAUUGCUGUCUUCAUUAAAUGUAGCCCAAAAGUGCUGUCAUAAAAUUGUAAGCAGCAAAAAAUGUUGCUGAUGGUAGAGGGUUGGGGUUUUUUUUGUUUUGUUUUGUUUUGUUUUUGAAUACUCUGAAUCGUGCAGUCCAGGGCAAACAAGAUGCAAUAUUGCUCGCUCUUAAAUCACAGUCAGGUAUAUAGAAUCCAACGCGGUAAAGUUUUGCAAGGUGAAAACCAAAGGCCCCUUGAAUAUCCUGACCCUGAAGGUUGGACUUUUGCUUAGGAAGCGAUCCCAGAGCCGUGCACGUUCUGCUCUGCGCCCUGCAGCAUCGCGCCUUGCGCGGCACCCGUGGGAGAGGGGGUUACAAACUUGGGAAACCUGCUGGGUGUUGUGCAUCACGUGCAUUUGGCUAUUUGGGAAGAUAGUUAAAAAAAAAGGUCUUCACGUGGCUCGAGUGCCCAAGCAGCCGCCCGGAUGGCUCUGGGCUGUGCCAAGCUGCUGCCGGGUGCCACACGUCCCCGUGGGGUGCACCGAGGACUUGUAGCAGCCCCGACUUCCCACGGAGGCACUCCCAUUAGCACGUGGCUUCCCCAUUGCUCUGUGCAUCGCUGCUAUGAAAACCCACAGAAGCUUUACAAUGCUGAGUUGAGGCUGGGGAGAAGAGCCCAAUCCCUAACUUUUUGAGUUCUCAUAUUUUAUUUUUCAGUCGGAAUUUAAGCUUGUUUUCCCCUUAGCAUGGGUAGGAAGAUGACAGAAAAUAAUUCCCCUGGUUCAAUUCGCUCUGCUAGCACAGGUAAAAAUCCUCUGUGCAAACCAAAUAUUGCCUCUCUGCACUGGUGCAGCUCCUGGGGACUCUCCAGAUGGCCGGUGUUGGAGAGAGCCCAUGAGAUUUUUGAGCUGCUUAACGCGUCCCUUUGGUCCCUAGGCUGAAUUAGGAAGGGAGCUGCGAGCACAGAGCCACAAAAUCAAAGGGCCUGGGGUUCACCUUGCUCAACUUUUGCCUUCUAGCCUAAGCUGGUCAUUUAAAGCUCUCCCUUAGCAGUGGAAGGGGGACGUGGAGGUGGGGGAGGCACUUCCCAUCGCCUGGGAAGGACGCCUCGAAUUAGGGGAGAGAUCCCCCUGGAGAUGGGGAAUCAUUCUCAAUAUUAAGUCCAGCUAUUUCACACUUUAUUUAAUCUCUAAUGCUUUAUUUUUUUAAUCUUGCGUUCACUGCAGAAAUGAUUUCUCUCGGGGGCGGGGAGGGGCUUAUCUAGAAAUGUUUGCAUGAUUCUCAUUGUGAUUUGUUUGCACUUUAGAUGUUUUGUGCCAUUAUAAAUUUGCAUUAUGUAUUUAUAAUUUAAAGAUACUUAGAAGGGGGAGAGAGUUGUUUGUUUUGUUUUGUUUUGUUUUGUUUUUUUUGCUGAGUACUGGAAUAAACGGUGAGCAUAUCUGGUAUAUGUCAUUAUUUAUUGUUUAAAUUACAUUUUUAAAGCUCAGUGUGUUCAUAUAAAGGUUAUUUGAAACAUAUCAUAGUAAUGAGAAAGAUGCAAGUUAUUUUCUUUGCUUAUUUUUAUAAUUAAAGAUGCAUAACAUAAUGAGGCCUAUGUUGGAUUUUCUUCUGCAAUGAAAUAAAAUGUCAAAUUUAA